AUGCAGAUCCAAGGCUUCGGCGCGAUAAACCCUGCGCCGGCGCGUCGAUCGGCGCGCCUGGCGCAAAUAUUUCACUCCACCGCAGCUCCUCUGCACAUGCGUUUGUUCCGAGCUACGUUCCGGCUCGUGCCCAACCCGCGCUCGCAGAAUGACGUCUGGCACCUCCUGGACACUGUGCGCGUGCUCGCGCUGCCGCCGCGGCUGCAGCUCGCCCAGUUCACCGUCCCACGGACCGCGUACCAGGGCACCCACCGCUGGAUGAACAAAAUGGAGCUGCUGUACAAGACGGUCGACGACAAGGCCGCGGGCGGCCCGGAAGAGCUGGACCGCGGGCUGCGUGCGCUGCGCAGCGACCAUUUCGACGUGCGCCUCGAGCGUGUCGAGGAGGUGCCAGAACCUGCGCUGGAACGGCCGGCUCCGGCGAAGUGA